UUUCUGUCAGUGAUGGCAACCAGAACGGUCGGCGAUAAAGCGAAAUGGCGCAGGAGAAAAUUAUCAAAGAUUCCUGACGAUGACAAUGACUGCGCCAGUUUGGCUUGGCUCCUUAAUUUUCGCCUGGACGCGCUUGUAAAUGUGACGGUGCCUGAAGAUGAGGUGCGCGUUGAGGAACCUCUGACUGUGAAGAAACCACCGUACACAUAUCCCGAACUAAUCGAGCGAGCUUUGAGAGAAAGAGGGGAGCUUACAGUCUCGGGAAUUUAUCAAUGGAUUUCUGACCACUUUCCUUUUUACAAAGCGAAUGAUGAGCGUUGGAAAAACUCGGUACGGCACAACCUGUCCAUCAACCCUCACUUCCGCAAGGGGGCGCGGGCUUCACAAGGCGCUGGUCAUCUUUGGUCAUUAGCCGCCAAUGCAAUAGACCUGCUGCCACAGAGGAGAGAACAAGAGAAGACUGAGCGAUUGGAAGCUCAUAUAAUUGAGUGCCCCAAGGUGAUCGUACUAGACGAGGCCGCUAUUGCCGCGGCGAGUAUUAUACCUGAUCAAGAUAUAUUUAAUGGAGGGGCAAUGUUCCUUAACCCCGUGUCUGCAGAGCAAGUGGUACGCGAGUGCGGACUCAUCACUGGCCUUUAAUUUUUUCAUACAAUUUUAGAGCUUAGAGUUACAAAUGUUGUCCAAUCCUUUUAUUUCUUUUAAAUUGGUAGGCUAAAUCCUGGUAAAAAAAGGUAACUGGGGUGCAAAAACCAACAAAACUGUUAAAAAGCUGUUAAAGUGGACACUUGUAAUUAGAAAUGGGCGAUUAUUGCAAAACAAAAAGAGAUCGAAUGUUCUAUUGCGCAUUUAUCAAUUGGUAGGUCACCGUUAUUAUUAGAAAAACAAUUGCCAGUCGUGGCCGUCGCCUACACAUUCCCGUCCCACGUUUUGUAUUAUCUUAUUUAUUAAAAUGAUUUAUGUUACUCGCUUGACUCGUCUAAUUAUGUUUAUGCUAUAAUUAAUGUAAUAAGGUUGAUUUAUUUAACUAUAAAAAACUGAAGAAGGUUUACGAUUUGACGUGUUUUUAAAGGAAAAUAUGAAUAGUUUAUCGGCACGAUUAAAUUAGGAACGGGUCAGACACUAUCGCCCUCUAAAUGACAAUAGUAAAUUGUUAUCAAUGAAACUGGCCAAUGGAGUUUUAUUAGAUUUAGCAAAGCUUAUCGUAUCAAGAAAGAUUUUUUGCCUUACAGACGCAUUGACUUGUGUGGGUCUUCAAAAUGAACGUAUAGUUAAUGGUACAUGUAAUUUUCGCUGUCUAGUCUUACCUUUGUCUAGAUCAAGUAAAAGCUUGUUAGGAAACUUUGUUGAAAUUAACUUGGCGUGUCGACUUUAGCAAAGCUGAUCUCACAACUCGUACCAUAAAUGCAAAUAGUCUAUUAUUUAACUUUGAAAUUAUUUGUAAUUCUAAUAAUUUUAAUUGUAUUAUCGUGGAAUGCCCUACAGCAAAAUGUAAAUAAUGUUUUCGUUUGAAAUUGCCUUGAGUUUAAUUCGUAAAAAAGAUCUCAUGUAAAAUUAAUAUGUUUUAAUGUAAUGUUACUUUGUAAUACAUUUUA